AUGGGCUCGUCUCUACAGGAGAGGGUGGCCCAGCCAGCGGCAGUGACUCAGUGGGCCCUGGUGUGCGGCUCCCAGGGCCCGAAGCCGCUGGCGCAGGCCGUCUCCAUGGCCGGGUCCUGGUGGAAGCUUCGCCUGGAGUCUCCUCUCCCACCGGUGGGUGUCUCCUCCCCUGCUGGCUCCCUCAGCACAGAAUCACAGGUGUGGGGAGAAGGUUGGGCGGAAGCUGAGCUGCAGCUGCCGGCGGGUGGCCGUGACUGUGCCCCGACCUUCCUCGUCUACCUACGGUGGCCUGCGGAUUUGGCUGCUUUUGGAGCGGCUGGCAUCAUACUGCCUUCGGUAACGCUGAUGGUGGAGUGGACCGCGACCCGCGGGAGAGAUGUCACCCUGACCCUGCUGCGAUGCACCUACAGCACGGGCCAGAUGGCGCUGGCCGGCCUGGCCUCCGCCCUGCGGGGCUGGCGAGCGCUCCAGCUGUCUGCGUCACUGCCCUUCCCCGCCAUCUCCCUGAUCUCCUGGUGGCUGCCGGAGUCCGCCCGCUGGCAGAUCUCUAUGGUCAAACCAGACCAAGCGCUUCAGGAGCUCAGAAAGGCGGCCGGGGUAAAUGGCCACAAGGAAGUCCCAAAGGCACGGACCAUUGAGGUGGUGAUGUCCAGCAUGGAGGAGGAGGCGGCCUCUGAGAAGGACCACUGGUCAGUGCUGGACCUGUUCCAAGUGCCCGAACUCCGCUGCAGAAGCUGCGUCAUGCUGUUGUUGAAUUUCUCCAUAGCGUUCUACUACAGGCUGGUCCUGGACCUGCAGAGCCUGGGCGGUGACAUCUUCCUCCUCCAGGCCCUCUUUGGAGCAGUGGACAUCCUGGCCUGGGCCACCACCACCUUCCUGCUCAGGUUCCUUGGCCACCGUGUGAUCCAGGCCAGCUUCUAGGCCACGGCUGGCCUGUCCAUUCUGGCCAACGUGCUGGGGCCACAAGAUUUUCAGACCUUGCGCGUGGUCCUCGCUGUGCUGAGAUAGGGCUGUUUCGUGACAGGCCUGACCUGCCUCGACAUCUACGAGGCCGAGCUCUUCUCGACGGGAGGAAGCUAA